AAAAUUCCAACUUGAGUUAAUACUACAUCAAUGGCGAAAAAGAGCACCAACUCGAAGCCCUCAGGGAAUCCUCCCUCCACGGCUUCAGCUCAUAUCUCUAAGAAGUCUAAGCCAAAGAAAAAGAAGAGUGAUAAGCGUCAAAGUUCUUUUGUGAAUGCACCAAUUUAUGACCUUCUCCAUAAUUUCGAAAGAGCUCCAGACCAAUGGGCCGCAAGAUAUAUCCUUAUUCUUUCAGGGGUUAUUCUCCGUAGUGCUGUAGGGCUUGGCUCGUUUCUGGGAGAAUCACAGCCUCCAAUCAAUGGAGACUUUGAAGCUCAACGUCACUGGAUGGAAUUAACUUUCCAUUUACCAAUUACUUCGUGGUAUUUUUAUGAUUUACAAUAUUGGGGGCUUGAUUAUCCCCCCCUUACUGCAUUUCAUCUGUAUGUCUGUGGAAAAAUAGGUUCUUUUAUUAACAGCAGCUGGUUUGCACUCGAUGUUUCAAGAGGUAUUGAAACUUCAGGAUUGAAGACGUACAUGAGAUUCACAAGUUUACUUAGUGAAGUUCUUAUUUACUUCCCAGCACUUUUAGGAUUUAUUGCAUUCUUAGGGAAGAAGUUAAAUCUCAGUAGAAUGGAUCAAAUCGUUCUUUCAGCAAUUAUUAUGUGCCAACCUUCUCUCAUUUUGAUCGAUCAUGGCCAUUUUCAAUACAAUUCAAUCAUGUUGGGACUCUUUUUAUUCUCACUUACAGACCUUUGUGCUGGAAAUUAUGUACUUGCAUCAGUAUGGUUCGUCUUGUGUAUUAAUUUCAAACAAAUGGGUCUUUACUAUGCUCCAUUCAUAUUUGCAUACCUUCUUUCGAAGACUUUUACAAACGUCCAUGACACCAAGCAAUGGUCAUUCAUCAAAUGUUUCAAUUUGAACCGUUUGCUUGCCAUUGGCUUCACGGUAAUUAUAACCUUUGCAACCAUUUUAUUCCCAUUUGCAUUGGCUGGUUACCUGUCUGAGGGAGAAGAAGUCAUUGAUCAGUUGAAACAAAUUUUGAUUCGAGUUUUCCCUUUCCAAAGAGGUAUUUUUGAAGAUAAAGUAGCUAAUUUUUGGUGUACCACAAAUUUGGUCAUCAAAUAUAGAAAUAUUUUUACUUUACCUCAACUCACAAAAAUAUCGCUUUUACUUACCAUUCUUUCCAUCCUUCCACCUUGCUCAAUGAUUUUCUAUAAAAACGUCUUUUCAAAAAAGUUCCUGAAUCUGUAUUGGCAAGUGGAAAAGUACUUGGCUCUAGUAUAUGGGUUUGCCGCAACUUCAUGGGGAUUCUAUUUGUUUUCAUUCCAAGUUCAUGAGAAGACUGUAUUGGUUCCUUUACUUCCAAGUACUUUGUUAUACCUUUUGGGUGACUUAAAUUCAAUUGCUAUGUGUCAAUGGAUAAAUAAUAUUGCAGUUUUCAGUAUGUGGCCAUUACUUAAAAAGGAUGGCUUAAUUUUACAAUACAUUGUUGUUCUCUUCUUAUCAAAUUUCUUGAUUGGUGGAUUUAGUCUUGGAUCUAGAAAUACUUUAUUCCCACCAAGAAAUAUUCUUUGGAAAUUGGUUAUCAUAUGCUCCUACGUUGGCGCUUUUAUUAUUCAUUUUAUUGAUUACUUCUACUUACCUCCAGUUAAAUACCCAGAUCUUUGGGUAAUUUUAAACACAACAUUAUCAUUUGGUUGCUUCGGGUUGUUUUGGUUGUGGCUUUUGUACAGAAUGUAUAAAUUAUAAGUACUGAAAGCAA